AUGCUAGCCUCGCUCUUCGCCCUCCUCCCCCUCCUUCCCCUCAUCUCGGCCCUCCAGCUCGCCGGGAACGAAAACUACGCUCGAGACUCUCGGCGCCUGCUCCGACCCUCCCUAGAGCGCCGAUCCAGCUAUGUCCCCGCCUUCCAGCCCGAGUCGGUCUCAUUCACCCUCGGACCGAAAGAAUUCAUCUCGCCCAUCGGCGGAGAGUUCAAGUCGUAUACACUCGACCCGGAUUUCGGGCUGGACGAGUAUGCGGGAAAGAGCAUGCUGGUAACUGUCAUCCCGGUAGAGGGGAACGUCACGUGUGAUGCGCUCGGGAAGAUGGUGGACGAGUAUACUAAGAAGGAUGAUGUGUGGGACAAGGGGUUCAUGCAAGCCAUCGUCCUUACCUCAAGCGGAGCCUAUCAUGUCAACUCGGAGGUUGCAGGCUGUGUCAAGAGCUGGGGUGGAUCCCUCAUCGUCAAAGCUGGCGCAGCUACAUCAUCAGUAUCUGACAUCGGCCUCGCGCAUGUGACCGGAGACUCGGUCCCUCCAGGUCCAUACUUUGCUAAGAUCACCUCCUCGCUCCGCCUCACCCAGGUCUACCGCUCUUUCAAGGAUGAGCAACAGGCGUUCACCGCGGCUACCGUCCCUACCACCAACUUGACCUUUGUCGACCUCUCGACACCGCUUGCCGGUCUCAACACGAUCUCCAUCCCCGUCCCUUCCCGCUUGUACACGGCAUACAUGGCGAAUCCUCGGCCUCUCGAGGGGCGACGCGUGGCGGUCAAGGAUCUGUUUGACAUGGCUGGUAUGCGGACUGGCGGAGGAAGUAGGGCGUACUGGAACACCUAUCCCGAGAGGCAGAAGACCGCUGUGGCAAUCCAGCGCUUGAUCGAUCAGGGUGCGGUCAUCGUCGGCCGAACCAAGUCAUCCCAAUUCGCCAACGGAGAAUCCGCAACGGCGGACUGGGUCGACCAGAUGUGCCCCUUCAACCCGCGCGGAGACGGCUACCAGCAACCCUCGUCCUCCUCUUCUGGGUCUGGCGCUUCCAUUGCCGCCUACGACUGGCUCGACAACACUAUCGGAUCGGAUACCGGGGGUUCCAUCACUGGUCCCGCUGGCGUACAAGGUGUAUACGGUAUGCGGCCAACUUGGGGCGCCAUCUCGCUCGAGGGUGCGAUCCCGCUCCAGGCCACCCAGGAUACCGCCGGCGCGUUCGAUCGCAGCGCAGUGAAGGGAGCGGCAUUCGUCAAGGGAUGGUACGGGGACAAGUUCAAGACCUACCCCAGCAUGCCAUCUACCUUGAUCUUCCCCAACUCAUCUUGGACCUUCCCUGCCAACAGCUCCACCGGCGCCAUCUUCUCCAGCUUCCGCACCGCCCUCACCGCCUACGCCAAGCCCACCUCAAUCGAGACCCAAGAUUUCGAGGGCUACUGGAACACCUCGGGCCGGUUCCAGACCUACUCGUCCAACUCGUCCACUUACCUCAACGCCGUCUACGGUACCCUUAUCACCUACUUCCAGUGGACCAACUUUGGCGUGCCCUGGAUCGCCGACUACCAAGCCCAGAACGAGGGGAGGGUACCCUUCAUCUCGCCCAGCCCGCUCGUCCGCUGGAACUAUGGAAGGGACAACGUGACGCAGGCGAGCUUUGACGCGGCGCUGGGCAAGAAGCAGGUGUAUCAGGACUUUAUCAAGUCGGCGGUGCUUCAGCCGGAUGCGCAGCGGUGCUCGAGGGCGAUCUACCUCGCGCCCAACUCGCUCGGGACGCCAUCUUACCGAAACGCAUAUCGCACAGCGACCACAGUCCCUCUAUCCGGCGUCUACACCUCACAGUUUGCGGGUAUUCCCCAGCUCAUUGUCCCUCUCGGCCAGGUCCCGUACACCUCUACCAUCACCAACAAGACCGAGUACCUGCCUGUCACCGUCAGCAUGUUUGCUGCCGCGGGGUGUGACUAUGUGCUGUGGGACAUAGCUGCUGCAUUGGAGUCUUCUGGCGCAAUCAAGGCUGUCAAAGCGGGACGGGUCGGAUACUAG